AUGACGGAGUAUAAAUUGGUUGUAGUUGGGGCUGGUGGAGUUGGAAAAAGUGCUCUUACGAUCCAGCUUAUUCAGAAUCAUUUUGUUGAGGAAUAUGACCCAACUAUAGAGGAUUCAUACAGAAAGCAAGUAGUUAUCGAUGGGGAAAUAUGUCUACUAGACAUACUGGAUACUGCUGGCCAGGAAGAAUACAGUGCAAUGCGAGAUCAGUAUAUGCGGACGGGGGAAGGGUUUUUAUGUGUAUUCGCUGUGAAUAAUUUAAAAAGCUAUGAAGACAUAAAUCAGUACCGAGAGCAAAUCAAAAGAGUCAAAGAUGCUGAUGAAGUCCCAAUGGUUCUUGUUGGAAACAAAGUCGAUCUCACGAACCGAAGUGUAUGUACAAACGAAGCAAAGAUGUCAGCUAACUCAUAUAAUAUUCCAUACGUCGAGACUUCUGCAAAAACUAGACAAGGUGUCGAGGAUGCUUUCUAUACACUUGUUCGGGAGAUAAGGAAAUAUAAAGAGAAGAAAGGCAAAGAUCGUAAGAAGCGCAAACGAAAAUGUUGUAUACAAUGAUCUCUCGUUAUAAUAUAUCUGACGUGAAUAGUGCUUUGUCUGAAUACCUGAAAUCAGAUAGAUAUACAUCAAGAAGAGCUUUUCGAUGAUAAUGCAUGCUAGUUAUUAUAUUUGUGUAUACUGGACUCUUUUUCACUGUCCGGUUUUCACAUUAUUAUUAUUUUUCUUUUCUCAUCUGAUUUAGCAUAAUUCUGCACAUCUGCUGUGGCAGUUUUCUCCACCGGAAAGUUCCUGUUUUUUUUUUGUUUUCUAGUUUUUCUUUUGGUUUUGUUGUCCACGAACGCGCGCGCGCGCACAAACAUACACACAAAAGCGCUCUGAAAUCUAAUUUGUUUGCACUACUACUCUCUUUAUUUUGUAUGACUUAUGGUUCUUUUCAGUUUUCUGUGAAGUCUAAAUCCAAUGAAGCCAAUUUUCUUUUUAGAAAAAUGAACGAACGAACAACUAACUAACAAGGAAACAAAUAAUAUUUGAAAUAGUUCUGCUUUAUCCAACUUUUUUUUAAUGUAUUGUAUUUUUUUAAAGAAUCUGAUCGCGUUUUUUUGUAAAUUCAUUCGCCAUGAGACAACUUGAUCUCUUUUCUGUCAGUGUUUUUCUUUCUGAUUUAAGCCCCCAACCCCCGAACCUUCAAAAAAUUAUAAUUAAGUAAUAUGAAUUGAAUAAUGGCAUUUUCUUUUGUUCUCAUGGCUACAAAAUAUAUAUAUAUAUAUAUUUGACUUCAUGUUUAAAGUGUUUAUGUAGAAGAGAGAAAGAAACGAGUGUACUUCCUCUUCUUAAUCGAUGACAUCGAUGUUUUUUCAGUGAUUGACUUAAUUAAUCUCUGUGUGUACAUAUUUCUCUUUUUACUUCUUCUGUUAUUUGUUCUCUUUUUUUUAAAGAAAAAUACUUUGUUGCUUUUCUGAAUAACUUUUAACUACUGAAACACUUUGGCAAAAGUUUAAUUGAAUGCAACAAUCUACCUAUCAAAGCUUUUAUAUAUACAAAUGCAUAUAUAUAUUUUGUCUUUUAUUCAAAAUAAAAAUCAUAUUUCUUUUCCUAAUUUUCAAAGUUGUUGCACAACCAAAUAUUUAUUAAAAAUUAUUUGGCUCGUAAUAUAAAUUUUAUUGUUUUCCUACUUGAUGAUUUCAUUUGUGUGCGUGUGUUUGUGUGUGUAUGCUGCUAAUGUAUAAUUCAAAUACACAAACAAAUUAUGCUAAUGUGUGUUUCAUUUCUAUAGAUUUUGAGUGUUUUCUUUUUUCUUUUUAAAGAAUUUUCCUUUUCAUCAUGAGCUGACAUUAGUUAGAGAACCAUUGGAAAACCUGGGAG